AUGAGGAAGUGCUUCCCACUUUUAACUCACUUUUCGAUGAGAACUCUUAACUUGAAUGAAUACGCGUUCUCUGCAUUUUAUUCAGUGGUGGCAUUUAAAAUUAAAUGUUGUGAUCGAUUCGAUUACUGAACAGAAAUAACCAAGGCACUAAGCUUGUUUACUUUUUUUUGUGUCUUUCAGCCAAAAGAAACGGCAGGGACAGCAUGAGGAUGGUUUAAAAAUCAGUGGUAUAUGCAAAACUUUCAAAUGAACAUUUAAAAACAACAUAAACCAGCUUUGUUGAAGAACAUCCAGUACUAUUACUGAUGAAAAAAGCCUCCUAGUGAGUGAUUGAAGAAAUAUUACCAACAACUGGAAGUUAUAUUUUCACAGAAAAAAAAAAUUCAGGAAAGGUGUAACUUUCAGAACCGUGAUUUCAGCAGAAGUUCAGAAAACAUCUAUAAAAGCUGAAUACAGAACAGCUAGUGCACCUACAGGCAUAUCGACCAUGAGCAACGAGGGUAAAACAGGAUAUGUAAAAAUAGACAAUAUCAUGGUGCAGCACCUAAUAAAAAGUGCACUUCAGUUUGUUUCUGUGACUCUAAAAUUUGUUAAAGAAAACGAGCUCAAAAAAGAAGAUGCAAAACAUUAUAUUAAAGAGAUGUUACAUGCAGUUUUAUUUUUAUUGUACAUUAACAAGCCAUCCAUUGAGCCCCAAGAGUUCCUGUCAGACGGAAUGUUGGAAUAUUUCAGGAGAAAUUGCUCAGAUGUAUUGGAGAAAUAUAAGACUCAUCUUCCACUGAGGCCGCCAUAUUCCAUUUUGCUGGAUUUGGUUGUUAAAAUGUGGGGAGACAAUCCGCAAGACCGGAUGAUUCUUGACAACCUCUUCCAACUAAAUAAGGAUAUGCUUAUCUCAGGAACAGUCAAUGAAGAACAAAUGAGUGCAAAUGAUUUUGCUUUUUCCUCUCGUGUUGUCAGCUGCUGUUAUUUUUCUAAAAAGAACACAAAUUUUAAAACAAGAAAGUACUUUGGAGCAUCAGUGGCCUGCAAAGGAAAAAUUCAAAGAGAGGUUUUCAUUGAUGUGGCCUGUGUGAAGACAUGGCACCCAAAGGUGGCCAUUGGUGUCAUUAAUGCUUCCACAGGAAGUGAAACCUUGCAGCUACCUGAAUAUGUUUUUUCUACUGCAUACCGCAUGAAAUCAUCUAAAACAAAUUUACAUUUACAUUAUGAAGCAAUGCCUCCAUGCCCAAGAUGCCUAGACAUAUUCCCCAAUAUAAUAUUCAGUCCAAAAGCACUGCCUUUCCACAUUGCAAAAUGGGAACAUGGAAACUGUGCAGAAUGUGAAUCUGUAAGUAAUCUCCUAAAAGCAGAGAGAGACCUUGACAGGGCAGUGGUCAUGCCCUCUUCCAAUAAUAGAAUAAAUAGACAACAGAGGCUUAUUAAAAAUCUGCAAAAGACUAGAUUCUUGUUGAGAUCAAAUCUUAUUUAUUAUGAUUCUGAUUAAAUUUUAAUGACAGUACUGCACUUUACCUAGCAGAACUGUCUUGCUAAGGUUAUCAAUAUAAAACAAAAGGUUUGAACUCCUAUAUAAUGUUAAAUAUUGUUUAUUGAACUACAGUUUGGACCCUUUCUCAAAGUGAUUCAGAACAUUCCCUUGGGAUGGUGGCAAAAAAUCACCAAGGAUGUGCACUCAGAAACUCCCUGGAUGGGAUGACAAAAUAAUGUGAGGCUGACGGACUUUGCCAACCGGGUUAGCAGUCCUCCAGAUAACCAAGUGAUAGCAACAGACUGAUGCCACAGUAUUUUGUACUCAUGUAAGAUUAACUGUGAUUUUAGUUUUCAAAUGCAACCCACGAGACAGAGACUGCAGAGACAGCUGGAGGGAAUUUUAGGGCAGCAGUCGUGCUAUUUUAACAGGACCCAUAUCUGAUGUCAGUAUAACACUAGACAUACUCCUGGGUCAGGCCUUAAAAUCGCCUCCUAGCCCUCAUUAAUGGGAGCUUGGAGUAAGGUCGACAUGAAAGCAAGGGCCCAACCAAUGUGGAGGACAAGGAUAAAAAAAAGACAAUAUUUGGGACAGAAGAUUUAAAUAUGAACGGUUAGAAUAAUAUGUUAUUUCUGUCAAAAUUUUCUCUGAGUUGCCACCUUCCCAUCAUUCCUCUUGUAAACCUUUGUUGUUUAAUAAAACAUAUUAUUUUA